GAGUGCGUCCUGCUGCAAGAUAGCUGUGGGGACUGCCCAGGGCAGCAAGCUUGCCAGCAGGUGCUCGGUGCAUGAUGCAUCCCUCUGUGUUCAAUAGAAUGCAUACGUCCUGUGUGACAUGACAAGCAGCUGGCUGGCUGGCUGAUCGUGACUGAUCGUAGUGCCCCGGAGAUCGGAGAGGAGGUCACUACCCCGCGACGCACGGAACAUAUCGGCUCUUCUUUCUGUCGUGUAUAUAGCUCAGAGCCUGGGCCCCUCCUGUCCACCGGCCACGCGCACCAUGACGGCAAGCUCGCACACGCAAGUGACGACAGACUCGAGCGGCGGCGCUAUAGCUGUGCCCGCCAGCUCCAAACUCAGUCGCAACCCAUCCAACUCGGCUGCGAUCCAGCCUGGAGGCAAGACGCUGAAGUACCAGGACAAGCUACCGCAUCUGCCCAUUCCUCCGCUCGAGGACACAUGCAAGCGCUAUCUGAGAGCACUGGAAGCGCUUCAGAGCCCCGAAGAACAUGCGCAGACGAUCAAAGUCGUCGAGGAUUUCAAGCGAGCGGGCGGCGAAGGUGAACGGUUGACCAAGCAGCUGCAAGCGUAUGCGGAGAAGCGAGCGAGCUACAUCGAGGAAUUCUGGGAUGAUGCUUACUUGUCGCACUCGGAUUCUGUCGUCCUCUCUCUCAACCCUUUCUUCAUCCUCGAGGAUGACCCUACACCCUCGAGAGGCUCGCAGCUCAUGCGAGCAACCUCUCUCGUCCUUGCCUCGCUCGGCUUCAUCCACGAUCUACGCACGGGCGAGCUCGAGCCAGACAUGUUCAGAGGCACACCCCUUGAUAUGUACCAGUACACUCGACUCUUUGGCACUUCGCGUAUACCCACAAAAACGGGCUGCAAAAUGCAAGUCGAUCCCGAAGCUCGUCACAUCGUCGUCAUGCGGAGAGGUCAAUUCUUCUGGUUCGAAGUGCUCGAUUCUCAGCAUCGCCCCUGCCUUACCGAACGCGCCCUCUUGCUCAACUUGCAAGCUAUCAUCGCAGAGGCAGACAAGACGCCGCCCAACCAGGUUGCACAGGGCGCGAUCGGCGUCCUGAGCACGGAGAACAGGAAAGUCUGGGCAGAUCUUCGCGAUACGCUCAGUAGCGACAAGGGCAACAAGUCUUGUCUCGACGUCGUUGAUCGUGCACUGUUCAUUCUCUGCCUAGACGAUGCUCAUCCUGACACUGCUUCGGAGAUGUGUAACAACAUGCUUUGUGGCACUUAUAAGCUGGAGAAAGGCGUCCAAGUUGGCACAUGCACCAACCGCUACUACGACAAGCUGCAAAUCAUCGUCGCAGCAAACGGUGCGGCUGGUGUCAAUUUUGAGCACAGCGGUGUCGACGGGCACUCGGUCUUGCGUUUCGUUGCGGAUGUAUACCUCGAGUUGAUCCUGAGAUUUGCAAAGUCGAUCAACCCCCAAGCAGGCACACUUUUCAAAGCUCAGACAUCGCCCUGGGCGGUCGGAGGCGGUAAGAAGCCCACGCCCAAUGGCAAGGCGGCCGAGGAUGGAGACGAAGAAGAGCAUCCUGACACAACGCCCAAGAAGCUCGUCUGGCAUCUCACACCCGAGGUCAAGACGGGCGUUCGGUUCGCAGAGACACGGUUGAGCGAUCUCAUCUGUCAAAACGAGGUCGUCGCCCUCGAUUUUGACGGGUACGGCAAGAACUUCAUCACUCGACAUGGCUUCUCGCCCGACGCUUUCGUUCAGAUGGCGUUCCAGGCUGCUUACUUCUCACUUUACGGGCGUACCGAAUCAACGUAUGAACCUGCAAUGACCAAGACCUUCCUUCACGGUCGCACGGAAGCCAUUCGAACGGUACAGCCCGAGUCUGUCAAGUUUGUGAAAGCAUACUGCUCAGAUUCACCAGCUAGAGACAAGAUCAAUGCCUUGCGCGCCGCAUGCAAGACCCAUACCGAGCUGACGAAGAAGUGUGCCGCUGGCCAGGGGCAAGAUCGCGUGCUGUACGCAAUGUACUGCCUCGCUUCGCGCGAUCAGGACGGUUCUGGCUCGUCGCAUGACUCGACUUCGGACGAAGAGCACCGCAAGCCCCUUCCAGCGCUGUUCCGCGAUCCAGGCUAUGCGACUCUCAACCACACGACGAUCAGCACGAGCAAUUGCGGUAAUCCCUGCUUGCGUCUUUUCGGUUUCGGUCCCGUUGUGCCAGACGGGUUCGGCAUAGGCUAUAUCAUCAAGGACGAUGCCGUGUCCAUCGUUGCUUCGAGCAAGCAUCUACAGACACAACGUUAUCUGGACACUUUGCGGGCUUACUUCCUCGAUUGCCAACGUCUGAUCUUGCAGCUUCAUCGCCAAGCGAAUGAACGUCCUUCGUAUUCUAUGGGCAGCGCCGGACACACCAAUGGUAUCGACACUUCUGCUGACGACGAGGAUGAGACGAGCGGGUACGGGUUCUACGAUGUGAUCGACUACAACGCAGUCAAGAAAGAACAAAAGUUGCGCUACGCGCCUGUGGGCACGCGGCUUCAGCUCAACGAGUACUAAGUCAUGUUCAUUGUAUCGUGUCAUUAUGCAUCUGUUCG